GGCAUGAUUAGAAUAGGAAACAGAAGACAAGAAAAGCCAAAAAUAGAAAAUGUUACAUAAACGUUCCAUUUCCAUGUACUUGGAAAAAUUACAGGCAUAUAAAGAGCCAUCCGAGAUCAAGUUAUCCUAGUUUUAUAAUUAUUGUAAGUGUAACUAAUGAUAUAUUAGUAAAUUUCCAAUUCCUGUGAUCUCUACAUUUUGAACGUUCAUGAAGAUUUCCAUGGUUACUCUCAGAGAUCAGCUUCCUUUUAUCGAUACUACUCUUCUUUAUUGUUAAUGAGCAGAGCAUGAGAGAGAUUCUAGUAAUGCCAGGACACAGACACCGGCCACAAUAUCUAAAGAAGCCAAUAUGGAUACUUACAUUGGUUUCUCUGUUGAGCAUAUUUCUGAUAGCAGCCUCAUUUUAUCGGCCAGGAAGCUCUCCAGCCUGCAGCUAUAUAUUUCCUUCAAGGAGUUGUACGUGGUUCGAAAAACCUCAGAUUGUCCCUUCCCGAGAACUAACAGACGAUGAGAUUGCAAGUCAGGUUGUGAUUAGGGACAUCCUCAACGCACCUUCCGUUCAAUCAAAUAACCCCAAAAUUGCUUUUCUAUUUUUGACUCCAGGCCCGUUACCAUUUGAGAGAUUAUGGGACAAAUUCUUUUAUGGGCAUGAGGACAGAUUCACUGUGUAUGUCCAUGCGUCUAGAGAAAGAACUGUUCACGUCAGUCGUUAUUUUAUUGGUCGAGACAUCCGCAGCGACAAGGUGGAAUGGGGAAAAAUUUCCAUGGUUGAUGCAGAGAAGAGACUACUGGCACAUGCACUUGCCGAUCCUGAUAACCAACAGUUUGUCUUGCUCUCUGAUAGUUGUGUACCACUGCAUAAUUUUGACUACGUGUAUAAUUACCUGAUGUUCACAAAUAUUAGCUACAUUGACAGUUUCGAGGACCUUGGUCCCCAUGGAAGUGGGAGGUAUUCAGAACGUAUGAUGCCUGAAGUUGAUAAGAGAGAUUUUCGAAAGGGUUCACAAUGGUUCUCCAUGAAGCGCCAACAUGCUAUAAUCAUCAUGUCAGACUUCUUGUAUUACACAAAAUUUAGGCUCUUCUGCAAGCCAAACAUGGAUGGGCGCAAUUGCUAUGCUGACGAGCAUUACUUAUCUACCCUUUUUCAUAUGAUUGAUCCCAACGGAAUUGCCAAGUGGUCUGUAACGCACGUGGAUUGGUCUCAAAGGAAAUGGCAUCCAAAAGCAUACAGAGCCCGAGAUGUUACUUACGAUCUUCUUAAAAACAUUACGUCUACUGACGAGGCCUUGCAUCUCACAAGUGAUGAGAAGAGGACAGUGAUAACGACGCCGUGUCUUUGGAAUGGAAUGAAGCGACCCUGCUAUUUAUUUGCUAGAAAGUUCUAUCCUGAAACUCUAGAAAAAUUGUUGUUUCUCUUCUCAAAUUAUACGACAAUUUAGAUUUUUUUUUCUAAAUUAUUAUAUUCUUUGGUUAAUUUGAUCAAACACCUUUAUGGGGCAAAUUGCCCAUAAUGUUGUUUUGAGCCAACAAUUAGACUUUCUCUCCCACUUGCAACA